GGCUUGUCUCCUCUGACCUUGGACCCUAACACAGCACAUCCGAAUCUCGUUAUCUCUAAGGACCUGACUAGUGUAAAGUACAGUGACAUUAGACAAAAGUUCCAUGACAACCCUGACAGAUUUGAUUUCUGUUUUUGUGUGGGGUCAGAGGGCUUCACAUCAGGAAGACACUAUUGGGAGUUGGAGGUGGAGCUGUGCAGCUUGAUUACGUGGACAGUAGGUGUCACCAAGAAGUCUAGCCAGAGGAAGUUGCCAUGUAAAACGACUCCAGAGGAUGGUUACUGGGUGUUAACCCUGAGUAAUCUCAAUGCUUUCUUCAUUUUGGAUUUAACUGAGAAGCUUCUCAUGCAUGAUGUGAAACCUCAGAAGAUUGGAGUGUACCUGGACUACAAGGAGGGACAGGUGUCAUUUUAUAAUGCUGAUAAUAUGUCACACCUCUACACUUUCACUGAUACCUUCACUGAGAGACUGUACCCUUUCUUCCAGCUUCACCUUAAUUUUAGUAAAUUUGUUACAGCACCCCUAAGGCUUUUUUGCCUGAAACUGUAAGGUGGACUGCCACACAUCAAGGGCUGUCAGAAUGGAAACUGCUGAUGUAUUUAAAUGUGUAUAUGUUCUCAGACACUUCAUAUAAAGUAAUAAAUGCAUAUUUUUACCGAAGGGAUAGAAUGAUGUGUACGUAAUAAAAAUAUCCCCAGCGAUAUGCUGUAUCUGUAGAUAAUUAAACAGUGACAUGAAAUGACUUCACAUCAUUUAUCCUUACUAAAUAAAUGUUAUUUUUACAUUG